CCUCUCCGCCGAUCACACCAUACCCGACUCUCCCUCUUCCUCCCCCCGCUCCGCUCCGCUCCCCACGGGGUACAAGAAGCGCUGAGCCGGGCAUACCCCGCACACACGCGCGCACAGACCAAAGUCCCCCUUCAAACCCGCUGAGCUUGCAAUGGAGAGCAGCGGCAUCAUUGCGACAUGUACUCUCCAAUGAUUGAUCCUCUCAUUCCCAUCUAAGCUAGAUCUUCUUGAAUCUUGAGACCACCACAGCCUCAUCCCCAGUCGUGCUCGUGCGCCCUUGCUCCCAUCCGCUCCGCCCGAUGACCAACGGCGGCCACAGCAUGAGCGGCGCCAGCAUCGCGAGCGGUGCUGGCGGCUGGCUGGGUUUCUCGCUGUCGCCUCACGUCGCCAUGGAGGCGGCGGCCGGCUCCGGCAUCGUCGACGUGGCCGGCCACCACCACGCGCAGCACGGCGGGGUCUACUAUCACCCUGACGCGGUCGCCUCCUCCCCCAUGUCCUUCUACUUCGGUGGGAGCGACAAUGUCGGCGCCGCGAGCGGCGGGUACUACUCCGGGAUCUCCGCACUGCCUCUCAGGUCCGACGGCUCCCUCUGCCUCGCCGACGCGCUCCGGAGGAGCGAGCAGAAACACCACGGGGCGGAGGUGUCGGCGCCGCCGAAGCUCGAGGACUUCCUGGGCGCGAGUCCCGCCAUGGCGCUGAGCCUGGACAACUCGGGCUACUACUACGGCGGCCAAGGCCACGGCCAUGGCGACGCAGGAGGCGGCCAGCACCAGCUGCCGUACGCCAUGAUGCCUGGCUCCGGUGGCCACCACAUGUACUACGACGCCCACGCGGCGUUGCUGGACGAGCAGGCUGCAGCCACGUCGGCCGCGAUGGAAGCGGCCGGCUGGAUGACGCGUGCCGGAGACGUCUACGACGUGGACGCCGGCAACGGCGAGGACGCCAUCGUGGCGACCGGCCACGACAACCCCGGUGGGUACGUACACCCGCUGACGCUGUCCAUGAGCUCCGGGUCCCAGUCCAGCUGCGUCACCAUGCAGCAGGCGGCUGCACACGCCCACGCCUACGUCGGUGCCGGCGGCGAGUGCGUCGGCCAGGCGACCGCGGCCAGCAAGAAGCGCGGCGCGGGCGCCGGGCAGAACAAGCAGCCGGUCGUGCACCGCAAGUGCAUCGACACCUUCGGCCAGCGCACGUCCAAGUACCGGGGCGUCACCAGCAAAAGCAGGCAUAGGUGGACGGGGAGGUAUGAGGCGCACCUCUGGGACAACAGCUGCCGGAAGGAAGGCCAGACCAGGAAAGGCCGGCAAGUUUAUCUUGGUGGGUAUGACAUGGAGGAGAAGGCGGCGAGGGCGUAUGACCUCGCGGCGCUCAAGUACUGGGGCGCGUCCACGCACAUCAACUUCCCGGUGGAGGACUACCAGGAGGAGCUGGAGGUGAUGAAGAACAUGACCAGGCAGGAGUAUGUGGCUCACCUCAGAAGGAAGAGCAGCGGGUUCUCGCGCGGCGCCUCGGUGUACCGGGGAGUCACCAGGCACCACCAGCAGGGGCGGUGGCAGGCGCGCAUCGGCCGCGUCUCCGGCAACAAGGACCUCUACCUCGGCACAUUCAGCGCGGAGGCGGACGCGGCGGAGGCGUACGACGUGGCGGCGAUCAAGUUCCGCGGCCUCAACGCGGUCACCAACUUCGACAUCAACCGCUACGACGUGGACAAGAUCAUGGAGAGCAGCACGCUCCUGCCCGGCGACCAGGUGCGGCGCAGGAAGGAUGGCCCCGACGAGAGCGCCGCCGUGGUGGCAAGCGCGGCGGCCGCCCUCGUGCAGGCCGGCAGCGCCGCGGACUACUGGAGGCAGCCUGCGGCGGUGACCACGGAAGAGCACAGCCGCCACCACCUGGACCUUCUGUCCAGCGAGUCCUUCUCCCUGCUGCGCGGCGUGGUGUCCCUGGACGGCGACGCGGCUGGUGCUCAGGGGCAGGGCAACCGCAUGUCGGGCGCGUCGUCCCUGGCCACGAGCCUGAGCAACUCCCGGGAGCAGAGCCCGGACCAGGGAGGCGGCCUGGCCAUGCUGUUCGCCCGGCCCGCGGCGCCGAAGCUAGCGAGCUCGCUGCCCAUGGGCACCUGGGUCUCAUCGCCGGCGCCGGCCAGGCCCGGCGUGUCUGUGGCGCACAUGCCAGUGUUCACCGGGUGGGCCGACGCCUGACUUGCUCGACUACAGCGUCGUCCUUUUGGCCCUGCAUCCACGAGGAGAUAGCAAGGUUGUUUAACUAGGACUGGUUACCUAGCAUUAGUAGCUGCGUUAGCAAGGAACUGUAAGGUGGUUUUAUUAGCCAUAGCUGGUAGCUUAGCGGCGCAUGCAUGCAUCUGCCUGGGCUCUCGUGGUUCCUUCCCCAGCUGCGUCUGGGACGAAGGGUUUUUGUAGUAUCGAGCCAUGGCACGGCAGCAGCAGCGUCGCCUCCGGUCCGGCGGAGAGCCGCCGCCGCUGAUCGGAGCUGGAUGGGUAGCUGUAGCUCCUGUCUCUAGACCUCCUAACUUUCAUCAAACCAAAAUGUUGGACCUUCGUGUU